AUGUCGAAGCGUACUCGAAUUGCGGAUGUCGAAAUCUUUGAGACUUUUGCGUCCUUGCUACGGCAGAGCGCAUCACGAGCUGUGGAGAGAUUUAAACUACAUCGAACGAACAACACCGUCAGUAGUUUGAACAGUAAUACGAAUGGCCAGGGUCCGUAUAUCAGUAAUCGUUCAGCAGGUGAGUGGGCAGGAUCAAAGUCGCUUCGAUCAACCGUUUUGUCUACAGCCCAGAGGGCGACGAAACCGAUUGAUAUUCUAGUUAUCCAAUACACUAUGUAUUACUUAGACUUAUCGACCGUUCCGCCAAAUCACUAUACGCGCCUCGCUCAGGAGGUCUUGACUGCAUCACCUGAGCGCAUCCUUAUGUCGCGCUUUUUUACAGGCGUUCCUCUGCCUAUAUUGUGCGAGGGUCUAAUUGCGGAAUACCCCGCUGAGGCCAUCCAAUUGGCGCUUAAGGAAAUUGAAGAAUACGUUGAAGUAAGAGCCCUCGUGGGGGAGUGGAUCGAUGAGCACGCCAACGAUGAGGAGAUUGAGGAAGUCAUUACUGGUGGCCAUGUCAGGAUGUUUAAGGGUGAAUGGGAGGAGGAGCUAAACAACGAGGAGGAGGCGGGCAAUACGGGGUUUUUUAUCAUCGAAGGCCACGUAACAAGCAACACCGAGAACGCACCGGCGUUAUUAUCUACUUUUGGCCUUGCAUCUUCGCUACAUCACUCGUUGGAGUUUUGGGUUCGAAUUCAAAGCUUCUUCCAUGCUGCCUCAUUGAGCAGUGCCAAGGCUCAUGCCUUCGCGCUGCAUCCACGGUAUGAGAGCGAGCUCAUGCAGCUUCUUCGCCGUCUGACCCUGCCGUUGUCUCGGGUUGAUUCAGCAUCUUCACCAGCCCUCAUUACGACAUCCACUGCGCGUCGAUUCCCGUCUGCCGAUAACGAAAAUAAUGCCCUCAGCACAGAGACGGAAUCUUCUUCAAUGGUAAAUGGAGUGAAAAGGCCUGAUGAGGAUGAGGGGGCCGAUGGAAUCAUUCCGAACAGGGCCGACUUUGUUUACGAGCCACCGGACCAACUUACAAAAGUGGAAUCCUUGCGAGGUGGCGCGAAUACCGUUUCCAAGGUUGCCACCGAGCGGGAGGAUCGGGUUGAGGUCCACACGCAAAACGUAGCGACGACCGUCUUGGCGGACACUUUGGCUUUAGCACACUGCCCCCUUUCCUUGUCAAGCGGGAUCACCCCAUCUUCGACCGGGGCGGUGCCGUCAGCCCAGACAUCCCAACGCCUCAAGGGGGUUCAUCCUUCCUUCUACACGAUGGUGCACGCCCGUCUGAGUUUUAUGGUCGCACGGGAUCGUCUCCACCUCUUUGGCCGCACCAUGGUGGUUCAACCACCACCGCUGACGAUGGCUCAACGCGGCCUUUACGACCAACAGCAGCGAUUCCAAAGGCAGACGCCAUCCGAGCGGCCCCAGGAUGACCAGUCUCUGGGUGUUCCUCUUGAUUACAUCCCCGACGACAAUUACUUCCGUAACCUUCUGGAGAAACACCAGGAGGGGCCUAUGGAUGAGGAUGAGAUGAUAUACAAGGAUGAGGUGGUGGAUUACUACUUGCGCCACCCAUGGCCCCAGCAAACGGCUGCCUUGUCACCUACUUCCGCGAACCAUACGGCAUUGCAGAGCGGCAGACGACGCCAGCAGCCACAAAAACCACCAUCUUCACCUUCAAGCCUGGUCAAACCUCAUCGCUUCUGCAAAGUUAAGACGGGAUUUACCUGGACACAGUACAAUCGCACGCAUUACGACGCACGUACGAACCCACCACCACGCACGGUCCUUUGGUAUGAAUUCACCCUUUUCUAUCCUGCGUUAAUCAACACAAAGCGCGACAUGCGGAGAAUAUUCCACAUCGAAAACACUCCUAAGGGGCCAGAUGACGAUUAUUGCUUGCUUGUCUUUAGCGUCGGUCCGCCGUACGCCGAUGUGGCGUACCGCAUUGUGCGAAAACAAUGGGAUACUAGGCAUGGAGGUGUUAGGAUCUCGUUUGACUCUUCGGGAAGGUAUAAACUAUUUUUCCGAUUUACAAACAGCAACUAUCGACGCUAG